AUGUCCCAUCAGGAAUCGUUCUACGACUUCGAAAGAGAUAUUCUCAACCGCACUCCACCACUGGUGGCGGUAAACCCGGUUCUGGAGCCGCACGACAGUCCCGCGCCUUUGGUCCGCAUCGACACUUCUUCCGACUCGACGGACGUGGAAGACACGGACGGUGUACCGGCACCCAGGAAGAAAAGAAGGAAGAGGCGAAAGGGUCGAACAAACCCAACCUUUGCCGACGGCGUACUGAUUCGUUCCCUAGAUCCUAACCAAAACGAAUUAGCCAGUCACGUUGAGAGGAACGCGUUAGCAUCGGCGAGUCAGUCAGAGGUGGAAGAGGAGGACAAUGAUGCUGGCCGCCGACAGCAGAUGAGCAGGCCGAGCGAAGUAAUUCAGUCUCGGGCAGCGCAGAAUGCAACCAGACGCCGAGAGGUUGCCAUCUCCCCCAAUGUCGACAAGGAUGAUGACUGGCCGAUGAUCGAUACUCCGGCGAAUGCAGCUGAGGCGAGAUAUUCGCCCCCGUCUCCGAGUACCAAUGGUGAAGCCCGCCGACCUCGCCAGCAAGAGCAAAACCAUGCCUCCUCUCCUCUACGGGAAGACCAUCCCAGGAAGCAGUUCGACACUCGGCCUCCCCCGCUGAACGAGAGAUUGGGUUUGAAGCUGAAUCCAAGCCAUGCAGCUGCCGAGGAGGACGAGGACUCCAUCAUCAAGUCACCUGCUCUUGCAAAAUUCGCCAUCGCACGCGAUCAUGCCCCUCCGGAUUUUAUCCUCCCUGCGUUGCAGAGGAAAUCGCCGCCCCGGUCGUCGCCGGCAGGUCUAUUGGAGCUGAAGCACAAUCUUCCGAGUAUCAAGACCGCCAUAGGUGAUCUUCCGGACUCGAGCUUUAGUAGAUUUGCUACCCUGUCCCCCAUAGGACGUCCGUCUCCCAUCCACUUAGCACAAUAUGCAUCGCCCGCAUCUUAUUCAGCUCUAUCACCUCGGGCGCCGAUGGGGCCGCCCUCGCAUCACGACUGGAGGGCGACAACCCGUGACUCGAAUACGUCGAAGUCUUCGAGUUACGCUAGUUCCUCGGCCACAGGGUCCACACCAGCUUCGUCCAUGUCUAUGCCGUCGCCAGCACCCUCAUAUCCAUCGCCCUCGUAUCCGUCGCCGCCGCACCCAUCUCCCCCUCAUCCGUCGCUCCCGGACCCGCCGCCCGAGCCACCACAGCCUGUGCACUCGUCGCCCUUGGCAGUUGUACCAGAAGAGCACACGGACACGAUACAGCCAGAAUCUGUCGACGAGAGCGAAUCGAAGAUCAGGUCCGAAUCACAGUCCGAGCCGCCCUCUGGCGAUGGUUUUACCACCGAUGAACCUCCUGCAAGCCGUUACGUUUCAGGUGCUUACAUCUGCAUGUAUAAUGGAUACAUGGGUUGGUCCACAAAUCUCCAGGAUACAUAUGUCCGUUCUGUCCCGAUCAAGAGCACCGAUAUCCUCGACCAGAUAAUCUCCAGCGCCAUGUUCGGCAGCAUCACUUGGACAAAGACCGAGACGACCCGGUCCUCCGCGACGUCCUUGACCAGCGCGUCGAGGGAGGAACGCGCGGCGGAAGACGACGAAUGCGGUUAUGACCAUUUUGGAAGAUCCGGUUGA